AUGAACAGCUCGCUGUUGGACACCUGGCGAGACGACUUGCGAAUCGGAGGGGGCGCCUUCUUGGUGGUGGCAGACGUAACAGCUCCAGCCUGUCCCUGGGUGUCGAAGCUGGAAAGGUCUCUAGAUGGUUUUUUCGGCUCGGAUGAGGCUCUGGCCAAAAACACGUUCGGCUGCGCCAGUCCAGGCAGUGCGAUCCCCCUCGGAACGGGGUGUUGCGGCUCGGUCUUUGCGCGAGGAGGCAGCAGGAACUGCGAUGGCUUGGGUUUCGGGGAUUCGGCCGGCACUUUCUUCAGGCUCGAGAACUUGAGCAACGCCUCGGGUUUUGGAGGAACUGGUUUAGGCGCCGGUUUUGCCUUGGCGAGCGUCGACAGCUUCGACAGAGCUUCGGGGAUCUCUGUGGACCUCUGUGGGACUGGUUUGGCAGGCUUGAGGAAAGCCAGCUGGUUCAGGGCCUCUGGCUUCUCCUUCUUCGGUUCUAUAGCGGCCUUCCUCGUUGGCGAUAGCUGGACACCCAGAAACGGCGGUGGAGGGUCGGCAGAUUUGGGGGGUUUGGCCGCAACAAACGUCGAUUGCGCGAUGGUUGGAAUUGGCAACGUCUGUUUCACGGCCGGCUUGAGGGUGUAUGCGACAGGUUUGGGGGAAACAACGACUGGGGGCGGUUUCGAGACCGGCUUAAGCGCCGAAUCUUUGUCUUUGUCGCCUCUUUUGAACGCAAAGCUCAACCGUCUGGCUAGAACGUUUCCAGAUGACGAGGAGUCGGACGCUGGCUCCAGUGGAGAGUCUUCUGAUUGGUUCUUCUUCAACUUGAAGAACCGAGACGAUCUCGAACCAAACCCGCUACCAAGCAAUCCGGAACCCAUAGAGUUGGGUCCAGAGCCAGAACCGGAGCCAGAACCAGACUGCAACUCCUCGUCGGUGGCCACACUCGAAUCGUCGCCCUCGGUCGACUUGGUUCCCGUCUUGGUAGGACUGGAUCCAAACUUGAAAAGCUUGGUCUUUAGAAACGAUGGAGACGAAGCAUUCGAUGACGGUUUUGGCAUUGGAUCCUCAGACUCAAAGUAG